GAAGUAUAUUCUCGUCCCACGAUAUUGAAACCGAAAGGACCUCGCCCAUUUUUCUCGAACCAUACCAGUAAUUAUUUAACUGAUUUUUACACUGGCAAAUUCCAUCCGGAUAGGGUAGUUGGACAUACUGAUCUUGUUGUUGCAAUGUAUUAUGCUCCGUGGAGUUUUCAUUCUCGACAACUGAAACAUCCAUUUGAAGUUGUAGCAUUAGUGUUACGAAAUCACAGAAAUAUUCGGUUUGUAGCGGUUAACUGUUGGGCAACUACAGGAGAAUGCCGGAAUAUGUAUAAAAUUUAUCAGUUCCCAUUGAUCGUCGCCUAUUCUUCUACGGUUCAUACUGUUUAUCAAGGAGAGCAUUCAGUGGAUCACAUAUACAGAUGGAUAGUCAAUGUGAGAAACCCCUUACAUGUCAUUCGUUCGUUGGAACAGCUAGAGGAAAUGAAGAGAGAGUUCCACACAAUGGUGGUUGGAUACUUUCCUUUCAAGGUUAGCUCAAUA